AUGGAUGCAGCAAAAGCGGCUCGAAAGUCUGCCCGUCGGUUAUUUACUAGGACUGCGAAUGAUAUUGACGAUCUGUUGUCGGCAGAGGAACCGGACUGUGGUGAAUUACAAGAUUCUUUGACCCGACUGGAACAGUUGUUGGAAGAAAUUCGUGGUUAUGAUUUGACUGUUAAGCAGCAUAUCUUGGAAACAGUCCCGAUUGACGAGGCAGCAUUGGAUACAGAGCAGACUGGAAUUGAUAAUUACGAGAAACGAUAUAUCAAGACUCGAAGGAGAGUCGAAUGCGAAUUUAGAGUUGAGAAGAAUGAAGACAUACAAGCUCCCGAAUUUAAGAAAAUCCACGAAGACGAAGACUUAGAUAAUGCGGACAAGUUUAAGUACCUCGUGCAAUGUAUGGUCGAGGAAACGAAAGCGGCGGAUCUCGUGGCAACCUUCCCUCAAUCCGGUGAGAACUACGAUAAAGCAGCAAAGGCCCUUCAGGAGCGAUUUGGUAACGAAAAAGUACUCAAGCAAGUAUAUAUCCGUGAACUAGUAAAAAUGGUUAUGGCUAAUGGAAGUAAUCAAAGUGUGAAUCUUUCCAGUAUGUUUGAUAAGCUCUCGGCACAUUUACAAGCACUCGAGACACUGGGAGUCAAUAGCGACCAAAUGUCGACGUUUCUGUCUCCGAUCGUCGAGUCAACAUUACCGGAAAAAGUGUUGACAGCAUGGCAAAGGAGUUCAAACUGGGGCAAGGAUGGAUCGGCAAUGAAUCCCCCCCAAACCGAUUUACAGUUAUUGAUCGAUUUUCUAAAAUUAGAGGUCCAGUGUGAGGAUCAACGUAAACUAGUACAAACGGGAUUUCAAACGCAGCAGAAACCACAAAAGAAGCUAACCAAGAAUGUCGCGUUUCAAGAGGAAGAUGGCCCUACAGCUUCCGGACUGUUUGCUGGUUCGACGAAUAAAUGUCUCUUCUGUGACAAGCCUCAUGAAAGCCAACUUUGUGCGAAGGCAGCUUCCAUGAAUCUGGAGAACCGGAAAAAGGUCAUGACAAAGAAGAAAGCGUGCUAUGUUUGUUUGAAGACUGGCCACGGGUCACGAAGUUGCAGAGCUGUUGUAAAAUGUGUCUUCUGUCAAAGGAAGCAUUGUGUGUUGCUGUGCCCAGAAGUAGAGAAGACUCGAUCACUACCCGAAUCUACCCCGGAGCAGACGCCUACUCAAACCACGCCUGCGAUGUCUAAUCUGCAGUGUUCCGGAGAUGUUAUAUUACAGACGGUGUACGUGAAUUUGGAGAACAAUGGCAUGCGUCGGAGAAUUCGACUUGUAUUUGAUGGCGGUUGUCACAGAUCUUACUUGCUUAAGAGCACUGCAAUCAAACUUGGCUUGAAAACAGUCGGAACCUUAAACAUGUGUCACAUUUUAUUUGGAUGUUCCCGUGAGGUCAGGCAACACCAAGUGUACCGAGUCAGUAUUGAAAGCCUGGAUGGUUCCGUCCAGACAACGUUGACGUUAUUAGACCAAGAAAAAAUCUGCGAAUUGUUACCAAGGGCUAACAAGCACAGAGUGAUUGAGGACUUCAGGGACAAGAAGAUAUUCGUGAAUGACAUUGGAGAAGGUUCACCCGAAAUCGAAGUCUUGAUUGGAGCCGACAACUUCGCGUCGUUGUUGACAGGGAGAAAAGUAAACUUGAGAUGUGGUCUGAUUGCGCUCGAGACGGCGUAUGGAUGGACACUGACAGAAAAGUUAGAGGAGUAUGAGUCCAACAGUGCGUCGCUAAUGGUGACUUCCAUGAUGGCGGAGAGUGACAUAACUAAUUUGUGGGAUUUGGAGCUUAUAGGCAUUCGAGAACCAGAUUUUCACAAACCACAAGCAGAAAGAGAUGCGGAAGUACGGCAACAUUUUUUGGGGACCAUCAAUAGGAAUUCAGAUGGAAGAUACUGUGUUAGGCUGCCUUGGAUUGAUGAGUCGAAGCAGGUGCCGGACAAUUUUGAAGUUGCAAAGAAGAGGCUUGAUGGUACCUGGAGAAAGUUAAUGAGUAUGGUGGAGCAGUAUGACAGGAUAUUCCAGGAUUGGAUUUUGGAGGGAAUUGUUGAAGUGGUGCCAGAUGAAGAACGAAACAAUCGCGGGCAUUAUCUGCCCCAUCGACCAGUAGUAAAUCCUGAAAGUCUGACAACUCCAAUCCGUCCUGUAUUUGACGCCUCUUGCAAAGAUGGGCGUGCACCGUCGUUAAACGAAUGCUUAGCUAAAGGGCCCAAUUUGACUGAGCUCCUACCAACUGUAUUGAAUUGA